AUGUCGAGUCCUUCUCAUUCUCAUAGGCCACGCAAGAAGAGGAAACUGGCUGCGGCGCUGACUCGCAGUCCUACUACCUUGGACCUCGUCAAAUUCGACACUGAAGACAACAAUGCUGCCACUCCCGAGUUUCCAUUGGUCGCCUUCUUAUGGCCGGCUCGGGGAACGACCUCUCAAUGGAUCCUUUUGCCUUUGAUCUUGAUGACUGCGGCCAUUUUUCGCUGGAGCGUGGGGCUUUGGGGAUACUCUGGGUUCCAGCAAUCUCCCAUGCAUGGCGAUUUCGAAGCACAGAGGCAUUGGAUGGAGAUAUCAAUCAACCUGCCAAUAUCCAGGUGGUAUUUCUAUGAUCUCCAGUACUGGGGCCUGGACUAUCCUCCAUUGACCGCUUAUCACAGCUGGCUGUGCGGCAAGGUGGGCUCGUUGUUCGCUCGGGGCUGGUUUGCCCUCGAUCAGUCCCGCGGGUUGGAAGACCCAGCUCUCAAGGUCUUCAUGCGUUCCACUGUCAUCAUCUCCGAAUACCUUGUCUACGUCCCUGCACUGAUCAUCUUCCUCCGUCACUACAGCCGCGCUGAAGGCACUGGAACGACCUCCUCUUCAAUCGCCCUUGUUGCCAUCCUAAUGCAACCGGCCACCAUUCUCAUUGACCAUGGUCACUUCCAGUAUAACGCAGUAAUGCUUGGCUUUGUCAUUGCUACGUUGUCGAGUAUGUACUCUGGGAGACUCUUGUGGUCGUGCGUCUUUUUCGUUGCCGCGCUAGGAUUCAAGCAAAUGGCAUUGUAUUACUCGCCGAUCGUCUUUGCCUAUCUCCUGGGCUCUUGUCUCUCUCCGAGGGUGCGCUUUGGUCGCCUUCUUUCGGUCGCCACCGUUACCGUGCUUGCAUUCGCGGUACUGCUCGGCCCGUUGCUGAUCGGAUCGGUCUUUGAUAGUUACACCACACCUCAACUGUCGGAUCUACCACCGCCGCCCUUUCUCGCAGAACGGAAUAUCAGACUGGACCCCAAUUCUCCGGCCGAGAUGGUUGUGCUCCAGAUCAGCCAAGCUGUCCAUCGAAUGUUUCCUUUUGCGCGUGGGCUCUUUGAGGACAAGGUAGCAAAUUUCUGGUGUUUCACCAACACGUUUUACAAACUUCGCAAGCUUCAGGGAAUCAUUGACCUUCCUCGUCUUUCUGCCGUCCUCACCUUGGCGUCAAUUCUCGGCCCCAUGCUGAUCAUUGUUGCCGUCCCGAAGAGAGCUCUGCUUCUUUAUGCACUGGCUACGUCAGCAUGGGGUUUCUUCUUGUUCUCUUUUCAGGUCCACGAGAAGUCGGUAUUGCUGCCACUCCUGCCCAUGACGCUACUGCUUGGGAGUAGGCCCGGCCUUAGCAAGGAAUAUCGAGCAUGGAUUGGCUGGGCGAAUACUGUGGGUGUCUGGACAAUGUUUCCUCUUUUGAAACGGGAUGGACUGCAAACGCCGUACUUCGUGGUAACGCUCUUGUGGUGCUAUCUGUUAGGCCUUCCCCCCACGAGCACAAAUGCAUACCAUGAUCCCGAGCAUGAGAAUAUUCCAGGCAGGCCUCUCGCUCCUGACGAAUUACGGACACCAACCAAAAUCCUACAUUUCCAGACCUACGUCGUCAUGGCAUUCUGGCAUUUGCUUGCAGCCUUCGCGGCACCUCCCGAGGACAAGCCCGAUCUUUGGGUUCUUUCCAAUGCGUGCAUAGGAGCUCCUUGCUUCGGUGUAUGCUAUUUGUGGUGUUUCUGGAAAUUGGUUUCUGAGAGCGGUCUCCUUGACGAUUAUUCCUCGACGUCCAAGGGGGAAGAGGGCUGGCGCAUUGCGAUGGAUCGACCCAGCGAUUCGGACAAAGGGGUUAUAUAG